AUGACUGACUGGCAAAAACUAAAGGUCGUUGACCUGCGAGCUGAGCUCAAGCAGAGAGGUCUGUCUCAAACUGGUCUCAAACCCGCGCUCGUCGCUCGAUUGGCAGAGGCAGAGAACGAGGAAGCCUCUGAAAGUGAGGCCACGCUGCAGGCUUUGGAAAACAGCUCUGGCCCUGCGACAUCCCCGGAUACCAUCUCCCCUGUAGUUGCCUCUGCAGAUGGUCUUCCGGAUGCUCCUCUUCAAACGGAGCCAGAGGUUGUCGAGACUUCGACUCCGGCGAAAAACGAGACAGGAGACACCUCCCAGGCUCAGGAGGAACCAGAGAGCAAGUCGCCACCCGGCCACGAAGCCCAUUCGUCUGCCCUCCCCUCUGUUGAGCCCAAGGAAGCAAACGAAGAUCAGAAGAAGCGCAAACGACGAUCGCAAAGCCCCCCUCCUUCCGCGACCGACUCCGCACGAAAGCGAUUCCGACCUGACGACGAGAUUAAAGCUGCUUCUGUGCAUAGCGAUGGCGGAUUGGUCGAGCAGCAUGCGGUGGAAGAAGAGGGCGUGAAGUUCGCAGCCGAAGGAUUGGACUCCGGGUCCGGAUCCGCAGAUAACAAGCCGGAGGAUAUGAAGGAAGAUGCGAAGGAGGAAUUGAAGCACGACGUCGGAGUCGAACAAAGUGGGAAUGUGGAAAUGGACAUGGACAUUGACAUGGCAGACUCCCCAGAGGCGGAAGGUGCGCUCGACCAUUCAACCUCGCGUCGCGACUCUCGAUAUAAAAACCUCUUCGCCACAACGACGGCAACAACAACAGCAGCCAUGGGCGACAUCCGGGAAUCAGAGGAGCUCGAACCGGAGCGAUAUGUUGCCCCGGCCACCCAUCCUGCGACUCCUGCGCUCUACAUCCGUGACUUCAUGCGACCCCUCAAUCCAGCCUCACUCCACUCCCAUUUGUCGCGCCUCGCAGCUCCUCCCGGUCACGACGAUGAUCCCCAAGUGAUCACAGAUUUCUACAUUGAUCCCAUCCGUACCCAUGCGUUCGUUACCUUCGAGAAAGUCUCUGCCGCAGCACGAGUCCGCUCCGCGCUCCACGACCGCAUCUGGCCUGACGAGAAAACCCGGAAGCCGCUGUGGGUUGACUUCGUUCCUGCUGAGAGCAUAGAGCAAUGGGUCGAGCUGGAGCAGAGCGGAGGACGCGGAGGCAAGAAAUGGGAGGUUGUCUACGAGAAGGAUGAGCACCAGGUUGUCAAAGCCACACUACAAGAAGCCGGCAGUAUCCCCCGACCAAGCCAGUCUGCUCGCCAGCCUUCAGCAGCCCACUCCUCCCCUCAUGGAAUUCAUGCAGAUCGAAGAUUUAACGUACCCACCUCGCCCAUGCGCAAUCGUGGCCAAGCUACCGCGUUUUCGACUGGGAGAGAGAGAGUGGAUGCCCUGUUCAACCGCACAACUUCUAAGCCGGUGCUGUACUGGCAACCUGUUUCGAAGAACGUUGCCAAUAGGCGGCUAGAUAGCAUUGACAAGGCACUGUCGAAGGAUGGGGCUGCAGGGCGCCCUUUGCAAGGAGACUUCAAUCGAUAUACUUUCGAGGAGGAUACUGUUGUCGACCGGGGUCCAGAGAUGUUCACUGGCAUCCGGCCUCCCCCUGGAUUUCGUGGUCCCAGUGGCUUUGGGCCAAGGGGUGGCGCUGCCGGUGGAUUCCAGACCAGAGGAAGUUAUCCGCCGCCUUUCAGAGGUGGUGGUCGAGGCUACGAUUCGUACCGAGGUGGGGGUGGUGGUAGCAGAGGCGGCGACAGAUGGGGUGUAGACUAUAGACGGGGCGAUAGAAGAGAUGAUAGACGGGACGACCGCCGGGACUAUGGUGGACGUCGCUGA